CGUUUCACCCUUAGAUGCUACCACGUACAUACUCCUUCCAUUUCGUCUCUACACCGAAGAACUCAAAAUAUGAUGGGCGUGGCGCGAUCAGCUUCUCCCAUCGACUGGCUUCCUUUGCAUCCAGGAGGGCCAGCAAAAAUCUAUCGCUGUAUUCUUCAUUGCCGAGGAGGGCUGUAACGAGCGUGGCCGCGCGAGCCCAGCAGUCGCGAGGAGACCAGCCUGAAGUGGCGCAGCCAGACUUUAACGGGCGGGGAGACCUCCUGGAGUGGCGCACCACUUCCGAAUAUGCUGCUAGAGUGGAGACCGAGCCGAUCAACGGGAUCAUCCUCACAAGAGCCCAAUAUGCCUUUUCUUUGCGAAGACGAUCUUCCAGUUAUGACUAGUGA